AUGAAGUAUAAUCCAAAAUAUAUAUUCAAAUGUGGAUUAGAAAUACAUACUCAGUUAAAAACAAAAUAUAAAUUAUUUUCAUUAUCUCAAACUAGUUUUGGUGAUUCACCAAAUACAAAUGUUUCAUUUUUUGAUUUAGGUCUACCUGGAACUCAACCAAAAUUAAAUACAGAGGCUUUAUACUUGGGCUUAAUAGCAUCAAAAAUAUUAAAUUGUCAAAUUCAACCGUAUUCUACAUUUGAUAGGAAACAUUAUUUUUAUCCUGAUCAACCUUUAGGUUAUCAAAUUACACAAUUUUAUCAUCCACUAUCUAAAAAUGGUUAUUUAAAAUUGAAUGAAAAAUUUGAUGGAGUGGAUAAAACUAUAAACAUUCAACAAAUUCAAUUAGAACAAGAUACGGGUAAGAAAUAUAAUGAUAAAACUAUAGACUAUAAUAGAAAUGGUAUUCCAUUAAUUGAAGUUAUAACAGAUCCAGAUUUUGAAAAUAUUGACCAAGUACAAUCAUUUGUUAAAAAAUAUCAAACAUUAGUUACCCAUAUGAGUGUAUGUGCUGGUACUAUGGAAACUGGAGCAAUUAGAGUUGAUGCAAAUAUAAGUGUGAAUGAUAAUUCAAGAGUCGAGAUUAAGAAUUUAGGUAGUUCGGGUGAAAUUGUUGAUGCUUUAAAAUAUGAAUAUAAUAGACAGAUUGAAGCUUUAGAAAAUGGUCGAAGUAUAAUUCAAGAAACAAGAAAUUGGAAUGGUAAAACUACUGAAUCAUCAAGGUCAAAGGAAGAUGCAGUAGAUUAUAGAUAUGUACCUGAUUCAGAGUUACCGGUGAUACGAAUAGAUGAAUCAAUGAGUGAAGAUAUUGGAAAGGAAUUACCUGAACUUCCAGAUGAUAUUUUAACUAGACUUACUAAAAGUUUGGAAUUGAAAUAUGCAAAAUUUUUAUUGAAUACACCUGAAUUAUUACAAUAUUAUGAUGAAUUCAAUCAUUCAGAUAAGAAUAAAUGGAUAUUUCAAGAACUAUUAGGACAAUUUUCAAAACUAGACAAGCAAUUUGAUUCAAAUAUAAUACCACCAAAAACACUUCAAGAAAUCAUCAAUUUAAAUUGUCCAUUAAGUGAAAAGAGAAAUGUUGUAAGAGAAAUGAUACUAAAUCCAAGACCACUAUCCGAAAUAUACAAACAAGAUUCACCAAAUAUAAACAUAGAUCAACUUUGUAACGACAUAAUAAACAAAAACCAACAUUUAGUUGCAAAAUUACAAAUACAACCAUCAGUUUUACAAUCAUUAAUAGGACAAGCAAUGAAACAAACAAGAGGUAAAAUACAUGCAAAUAUAAUCAAGGGAAAAUUUAUAGAAUUAUUGAAACUUUAA